UAUGCUUCUAGAAAUGGAUCUCAAAGCCAAGAGUUUUUGAGAGUCCAAUAUUAAAGCCUAUUUUUACAGCUUAAAAAUGAGGUAAAAAAUGUAACAGCCUGGGAUUGAAAAAUUAAAACAAGGGUCAUUAUAUUGUGGGUGUUGGAAUUAGAUAUGAAUACUUUCAUCAUGCUUUAAUGAGCCAACUUUCUGCCCAUGUCUCUUAGUGAUUGAGAGACAGACACAGAGACUGAAAGAGAUAGGGAAGAAAAAGUUCACCCAAAAACAGAUAAUAAUAAUUAUAAUAAUAAUACUUAUAAAUUCUUAUAAGGAGGCUUUAAAAGGCACAUACUAUCCUUACAAGCUACAACACAAUAUAUCAGAAAACACCCAUUAAAUAUUUUAUACUCAAUCUCUUUAUUCUUCAGAUGGAACUUGUCACAGCUCUGUACCUGUUUCCGUUUGCGUACAUCGUUUACCUUGUGUGCAAACGGGCAGUUCGAAAGAGGGAUGAAUGCUGCUACAUGCUUCAUUAUGAGUGCUUCAAGCCUCCAGAAGACAGGAAACUAAGCACGGAAAGAUGUGCGAGCAUUGUAUUCCGUAAUAAGAGACUGCGGUUAGAAGAGUUUAGGUACCUGUUAAAAACGAUAGUGAGUUCGGGGAUUGGAGAGUCAACUUACAGUCCAAAAAAUGUGGUUGAAGGAAGAGAAGCAAGUCCUACUCUUAAAGAUGCCUUAGAAGAGAUGGACGAAAUCAUAUUUGCAACACUGGAUAAGUUAUUUGAAAAGUCGGGUAUGUCUCCAUCAGAGAUUGAUAUCCUUGUUGUGAACGUAUCGUUGCUUUCUACAGUACCCUCGCUCACAGCUAGGGUGGUGAAUCGUUACAAGAUGAGAGCAGACAUUAAGACAUAUAACGUUGUGGGGAUGGGGUGUAGUGCAAGCCUGAUUGCCAUUGAUAUUGUCCAGCAGAUGUUCAAAGUGUACAAAAAUAUGAACGCGAUUAUAGUAAGUACUGAAUCCAUGGGAACAAACUGGUAUAUGGGUAGAGACCGAUCAUUCAUGCUGUCCAACUGUCUGUUCCGCACAGGAGGUUGCUCAAUGCUCUUCUCAAACAACAAAAAAUUGAAGCAUAGAGCUAUUAUCAAGCUCAAUUAUAUAUUGAGAACUCAUCUUGGGUCUGAUGAUCAGGCAUACAAGUGUUGUUAUCAGAAAGAAGACGAUGAGGGCUACCCGGGAUUUUGUCUCACAAGGCACCUUCCAAAGGCAGCUGCUCAAGCCUUUACUCAAAAUCUUAAGGUAUUAGUGCCUAAUAUCUUGCCCCUUCGAGAGCUCUUCCGUUAUCUACUUGUAUCUACUACUUGGACACCCAGUGAUCUUGAAAAGGUCGGAAAAGGAUUGAAUUUUAAAUCCGGUAUUCAACACUUCUGCAUACACCCAGGAGGAAGAGCGGUUAUUGAUGGUACUGGAAAAGGUUUGCAGCUUACUGAUUAUGAUCUCGAACCCGCUAGGAUGGCCCUUCAUCGAUGGGGAAAUACCUCCGCUGCUGGCUUCUGGUAUGUUCUCGGUUACAUGGAGGCUAAAAAGAGACUCAAGAAAGGCGAUAAGAUUCUCAUGAUCAGCUUCGGAGCUGGUUUCAAGUGCAACAAUUGUUUAUGGGAGGUUAUGAGGGAUCUCAAGGAUACGAACGUUUGGGAAGACUGCAUACAUAACUACCCCAUCAAAACCCUCGUAAAUCCCUUUAUGGAAAGGUAUAACUGGAUCAAUGACGAUACACUAAGCUUCGUUCGAUUGAAUUAGACAUCAGAUCAGAUUGUUAGCGCGUUUGUUUCCCAUCCCAUCGAGCAAUGUUGUUUGUUUAAUGUCUUGCUUUUGUUUGUGUUUUCUCUUAUUUUACAAGUUUAGAUUUAGAUUCCCAGCAGAUUGAAGUGGUGGCUAUAAGAUUUUAUGUUAUUCUGGUUAUAGGCUCUUGUAAUUCUUACACUAAUAUGAAUAUGAUCAUCUUAAAUCAGUCACUUGCCCCUAACGAAAACAAAGAAUGUCAUUUAACAAAAGUCUACUUUCCAAGAUUUUA